AUGAGCGUUAACAUUAUCGACGUCGGUGUCAGCAGGAUUCUGGGGGCGCGACAGGACCAAGAAGAUCGUUACAUUACCCUCACACCAGGUUCAAUUAAGUCAAGGAAAGAUCUCGCUCUCUUUGCUGUGUAUGAUGGCCAUGGGGGAACGGCGACUGUUAACCACGUUGCGGAGCAUCUCCAUACACAUCUCGAACACCACCUUAGUAACCCCAAGGCAUCAAAUACGGCCGAGUACAAACAUGCCAUUCAGCUAGCCCUCAAAGCUGUAGAUCACGAACUCGACCGCGACAACCUCGACGGAGGCUCAACCGUCUCUCUUGUUCUCGUCGACACGAAGCAAAACUUGCUCAUACAAGCCAAUCUAGGCGACAGCCAUGUCUUCUUCGCAGACCAUGAACCACAGUCUCCUCAGUCCUUAUCGCCGCAAUCCCCCUCACGGGUUGACUCCGGCACAAGUUCUUUGGGGUGGAACGUGGAGGCUCUAAGCGUGGAGCAUGCGCCAGACAGCCCAUUAGAGAAGAGAAGGGUAGAAGAUGCAGGUGGCGAGAUCAACUACCGAUCCGGUAUCGCACGCAUCGGCGGCGUGAGCAUGUCGCGCGCUCUAGGCGAUUUGGAUUACAAGAAACCUCGCGUCAACCGCCUAGCAGGUCACGACCUUUCAGAUCUGGCUGGCGUAGAAACAGGUCUUGCUCCAGGAAGGACUGCAAUACACGACCUGGUAUCAAACAAAGCGCAUUUCACCGUUCGCACUCUCCAUGGUCAGUCUCUUAUACUGCUCGCUUCAGACGGCGUUGGUUCAGCGAAAGAGGCAGAGGAAUGCACACGGCUAGCAGUCGACGGAUGGCAGUCUGGGAAGGAGGCCAAGCAGAUUGCCGACGAGCUGACUUCAAGGGAGAGCAACAUGAAGGGUGCAGACAACUGUACCGUUGUCGUGGUUGUGCUAGAUACAGAGAGCAAAGGACGCAGGAGUAUAGAUGGCGGAAGGAGGAGUAUGGAUAUCGGCAUGGAGGGCAGCGGAUCAAGAAGAAGGAGACGAUCAAGUAUUGCCAGUUUGAAGGACUGGAUACGAGACCGCUAG